GGUCGCUAUUGGCGGACAUUCUGGUGACUUACAUCACAGCUGUUUGUGGCGGUGACGUACCCCAGCUUCGGUCGGUGUUCAUGUUGUGUGUUGUUCCGCGACUCCGACUGUGGACUGAGAUCGGUGUCAGACGAGCCGUGACCAGUGUAGGUUCAAAGAUAAACCAUGCCGAAAGUGAAGUCAGAGAAAAGGAGUGAGAAGGAGGAGGAGAAAAAGGAGGUGAAGGAAGCUUUAAAGGAAGAGAAGGAGAAGAGUGGAGGUGGAUGGAACGGGGGUCAGCUAUUUGGUUCUGAGUCCAAUGAAAACACUUUUCAAGGAGGCGGAUUCAAGGACAAAGAAAAGGCACAAGAAACGUUAAGAUUAUUGGAUGGGAAAGACACGACAUAUCAGUUUCAGAUCAUCAAUUCUAUGUACAACCGAGCUAAAGUGAUCUACAAGAGAACAACUGAUAAAGACAAACGAAAGAAUCUGGAAGAGGCCAUUGAAGUAUUUGAAGAAUGGAUUGAUGAUUACAAGAAACGAGGCAGGUCAAAAGAAUCAUUCAGUUAUCUUCCCCUGGAAACUGUAGUAGGCUACAAAGUUCUGGCCAAACAUUUUGGAAUCGAAGAUUUUGGAUUCCUCGAAGCGUUUAAAGAAGUCGAUGGUGAUUUGAAGAGAUUAAGGAAUAAGAAGAUUCCAGAUGAUUCAACAACAUGGGACAUUCACAGGAAUCGAAAUCUCAAAGUAAUCAACACCAACAUCGAUGAUAACUACAUACCUCUGUUUGAAACCGAUGGUGAUCUGCGAGGUUUGCCGACUAAGGAGCACGUACAGUUGAUCAUGUGGGGCUAUAGCCAUGAGCCUACAAAGGUCAAGAAGGCUAUGGCAACUAUCGAUGAAAAAAUUGGCAAGUGAAAAGACUGAUUUCUGUAUGUAAUUUAUGUUUUCUAAGAAAACAUGGCAUUUGUCCAAUGUAUAACCUCUCAAACUAAUCAGGGUGCUUCUGGUUGGGGUCAUUAUGUACUUUGUUAUUUCGUUUUGUUACUUUACACUAUUAUCACCUUUAAGGAUAUUGAAAUAAGUUAAUAUUUUUGAAUAAUAUUAAGUUCUUUAUUUUUAUAUUUUUAAGUACCUGCUAUUUUUGUUUACGUUUGUAACAAACAUUUAAAUGAAAUAAUUAUAUGUUCUUAU